AUGCAUUGCGUUCUUUUGUACAUCCCUCCCAGGCACCUCAUUCUAGCCCUCACCCCUGCCACGCCAUCCCCCUUCCCGUGGCUGUUCUCUACUGCCGCAUUGCCCCUUGCCACGCUGCUGCCAUCACCUGCCCUUGCCACGCUGCUGCCAUCACCUGCCCUUGCAACACCUGUUGCAGUGAAGGAGAACAGUCUGAGCAGCAUAGCCCAGGCGACAUCAUGUGUCGUGAAGGCACCCACACACUUCAACAAGAGGACUCAACCUCAUGCUGUCUUUGAGAUAUCAGGUGCAAGUGAGGAAGCAGCAACAGCAGCACUGGACCUUCUUGCUUCUGAGCUCGCACAGGUGAGCGCAGGCGAUAGGCCAGGUGAUAGGCCAGGUGAUAGGCCAGGUGAUAGGCCAGGUGAUAGGCCAGAACCCACCGUUUCUCUCACCGCCUCUCUCACCGCCUCUCUCACCGCUUCUCUCACCGCUUCUCUCACCGCCUCUCUCACCGCCUCUCUCACCCAUGUCCCCUGCAGUGGGCUACUCGCACUUCCUCUCCCUCCCUACAGACAAGCAACUCUCUCAACGCCUCUCACAUCGCCCCCCUGCCCGUGUCCCCUGUCCCCUCGGCAGGCCAUCGACAGCCCUGCAGUGGGCUACUCGCACUUCCUCUCCCUCCCCCUCGCCUCGCACCGCCCGCUGGUGGCUCGCCUCAGUGACUUGCGCUCCUCCGUGCUGCAGUCGGUGGGCUUCCCCUGCACCCACGAGCACCUCACAGCGCCAGCUGACGCUGCUGCUGGUAGCACUGCUGGUGUUGAUGGUGCUGCUGGUGAUGCUGCUACUGCUGGUGGUGGUGACAAUGCUUCUGUUGCAGGGCAAGAAAGGGAGAGCGGAGAGGAAAAGUCUUGGGAGCAGCAGCCAGGUGGUCAGAGAGGGAAGGGAGUGAAGGACAAGUAUGGGGGCGUGCACCCGUCCAUCUUCAUCAACCCAUCCACCUUCCACCUCACUGUGCAAAUGCUCAAGCUCUGGUCGCCCCUCCGCGUGCAAGCAGCCGCUGACGCCCUGCAGGCGGCCAUGCCGAGAGUGCAAGAAGUGUUGGGCGACGCGCCUCUUGUCAUUCGCCUCCUUGGCCUCAAGUGCAUGCGGGGGCAUCCCUCCAAGGCGCAUGUGCUGUAUGCUGACAUGCAGGAGGUGGAUGGGGGCAACCGCCUCCGUGCCGUCUGCGAGGUGCUGAGGGCAGCGUGCAGGGAGGCAGGGCUAGUCACACCUAGGGACUGCCAUCAGCCGCUUAAGCUGCACGCCACCAUCAUGAACACGAGCCACCGGAAAGGCCCCCAUCGCCAUGCCCGGAUGCCUUUCGAUGCCUCCCUCGUCGUGGCACAGCAUGGGGACACGGAGUGGGGGGAGGUGCGUCUGGGGGAGGUACAUCUGUCGCAGAGAUUCAGAUACGAUGACCAGGGCUACUACCACUGCUGCUCCUCACUGCCUUUGCCCUGA